AUGAACAACCUCAUUUCCUUCUCCCUUCUCAUCGCCUUAACCAUCGCCCAAGCCAUAGCGGAGUGCGUGCAACCGACCGGUAUUUCGAAUCCAUCUGCGUAUGCAGCGCUACCACCCAACAGCCCGUCACCAGCGGAUGCUGUCUUUUUCAAGCACAUUUUGCUGGCGCGUGUGGAGAUUGCAAAACGCGAGCCCCCAAUCCAAUUUUACUACGUCCAAAACAUCGUUUCUACCCUGUACAAUACUAUGGGCUCCUUCGAGGAACUCGCACUCGAUGCUUGGGGAAACGAUCAGCCGGUCAGGUUUUGCAACGACUCGUCGAAUUUUGCUUUGUACAGAAGCGUCGCCCUGGCGUACAUUACUCAUAUGUGCUUCUCAAACUCGUUUCCCGAACUGCGUGCUGAAUUCGAUUCUCUCGUGACACCGUGGGGUAUCAACCCAAAGUUGUGCACUGACUCGUCCAAGCCGAACGCUUGUGGAGAUAUCAAUACCCCAUGGGGCCUUGCAUUCUUGCGGUACAGGCAAUUUCUCGACUGGACAUCGCGCGACGGAUGGAACAGGGACGGGGCUAUCAGCCGUGAAUAUAAUAGAAUCCCGUUCCAGGACUGGACUCAGGACCCGUAUGUCCCUGAAAACACCCCGUGGGAACUCAAAAAGAAGGAAAACUGGCAGCCUCUUAUGGAGGACAAUAACAUAGGCUUCUUGUUUUAUCAAGAGCAUGUCACUGCGCAUAUUGGGCAAUACGGGCGGUCUCUCUACGUCGAUGAUGAAGACUAUUGUUCUGCUGAGGCCCCGAAGCCGAAGUAUAAAUACGAUGAGGAGCUCAGGGAACUCAUCAGGCGUUCGGCCGCAAUGGCACAGGAUGAUGUUGCUAAGGCGAAAGUUCAGAUAUUUGACAACAAGUUCUCUUCCCUAGUGUUCCUCCAAAUUGACUUGCUCUUUGCGAACGGCUUUCACGCAGACUCUUGGAAAUUCAUCGAGGCCGAUACAAUAAGUGCGGCUGCCUUGUAUGAAUCAGUUAUGCUUGUUUGGAAGGAGAAGAUCGCCCAUGACGCCUGUCGGCCGCCUUCACGCAUGGUAAGGGAUCUUGCUGGUCAAAAGAUAUUCGCGUAUGCCGGGGCUAAUCAAGGUAAGAAGCAGAUGCGAGCGGAAGAUUGGGAACCAUACAUUCGUACCAUGCCGCAUUCGGAGUAUCCAAGUGGCAGUGCAUGUUUCUGCGCAGUCUUUGCGGAGUCGAUGAAGCUAUUUUUCGGUAGCGACAAUUUUCUGGCUAAUGGAAAGCCGUCCCCGUUGUCUCUGAAAGUAGCGGCUGGACAAUCCCUUGUAGAACCGGGAAGACCAAGCGCAGAUGUGACUCUCGUAUACAAUUCAUGGAGCGCUGUUGCCGAAGAUUGUGGGAAAUCACGGCUUACUGGCGGGAUGCAUUUCACAGCUUCAGUGCCUGCAGGAGCAGCACUUUGUGCACCGUUCGGAAGGCGUAUGUUUGAUGUUAUCAAGGCUCUGUCCAGUGGAAGGAAGGAGGGCUUUAUUCAAGACUUCGAAAAGCCUCUGCAAAUGGAGUCGAGAUGUCGAAAGAGGAGAAGAUAG